CAUACACACACACACACACACACCUCGCAGGCCGUCGGAGCGCGCUGACUCUCCAAACACACACUCACACGCUGAAGAGCCCAGCAGCAUCAUCCUCCUCCUCAUCUUCCCUUCAGCCUGUGCACGAGCGCUCAGCAUCAUCACUGACCGAUUGUCACACACUGAAACGAACGCGCGCAGCUUCAUCUGAAGGUGCCGUGUGAUUUAGAGGAGAAAAGCACACGACUUUCCUGUAUGAUGUGCAUCGGUCAGAGACGCUGUGUGGUUUUCUCCAGCUCGCCGUGAGCAGAAGUGUCUCUCGUUCUCCCGCUCCAUUCUGUGAUGUCACGGUACCAUCAGCGUUUCGAGCGGGAUUUCCGCAGCGUGUGGGAGCGGAGGGAGCGCUGCGCCUCCAACAGCAGCUGCGGCGGCACAGUUAACGGCUGCGUCUCCACCUCUGCCUCCUCUAUCCCCAACAGUGGCAACAACCGUCCCGGCCUCCUGCCCCUGCCCGUCAUCCCCUCGCUGCUGCCCACCCCGGUCACCGGGGCAACGAGCACGGCCAAUAGCGAGCUGACCUGCAAGCGAUUAGCCUCCACCUGCACCACCUCUGCGACUAAGGUCUCUGGGCACCCAUCGGCAGACACGCAGACUCAGGGCCAGGUCCUGGCUAAUAGCGUCCGGUGGGGACAAACACCCAUUAACCAGUCCACGCCCUGGGACACGGAUGAGCCGCCCGCAAAACAGAUGAGGGAGAAAGAUAUGACAGCUCCUCUAUGGCCGCCUCAAGUAGCUGCCGCCGUCAACCAGGCUGGACUCUUGGCGCACACAUACGCUCUGCCGCAGGCGCCAGCUUACAGCCAGGGCGUCCAAGCACCCAUCGUCGGUGUGACCCCGGCGCUCCAAACCCCCCAUCCACAAUUACCCACACACUACCAGCUCCCACAGCAGCCUUCACAGCCAAUGACCAACAUGGUCCUCAACGUCCAGAGCCAAUCCCUCGCCGUCGGCGGCCUGCCUCCAAUGCCCAGUGUCUGCCAGGUCGCCCAUCCCGUCCACACGGUGGUGGGCAACGGCCAUUUGACGCAUCCCAUGGUGCAAUCCGCCACCAUGAGCUCCUCGCCGCUGCCCACCAACGAGCCGCUGACGAACGGCCAGCAGGAAACCGCCAACAGCCUGCAGAUGCUGAGAACAGUCGGAUUAGGGAAAUACGAAUUCACGGACCCCUGGCAUCCCAAAGAAAUGUUGAAGGAAUUGAACCAGCAGCGGCGAGAGAAAGAGUUUACAGACCUGAAAAUAAUUGUUGAAGGCAAAGAGUUUGAAGUCCAUCAAAAUGUUCUAGCUUCCUGCAGCUUGUAUUUCAAGGACAUGGUGAAAAGGUUAUCGGGGGAGAACAGAAACGGUGAGAAGAUGCAGCUGACAAUGAGCAACAUCAGUUCAGAUGUUCUGGAGCUUCUCCUGGAGUUUGUUUACACCGGCUCCCUCAUAAUCGACUCGGCCAACGCCAAGACCUUACUGGAGGCGGCCAACAAGUUCCAGUUCAACACUUUCUGCAAAGUCUGUGUCUCCUUCCUCGAGAAACAGCUGACGGCCGCUAACUGUCUGGGAGUGUUGGCCAUGGCCGAGGCGAUGCAGUGCACUGAACUCCACAACAUGGCAAAGGCCUUCGCCCUGCAGAACUUCCCCGACGUAGCCGGUCAGGACGAGAUCCUCAACAUUUCCAAAGAAGACCUGGUCAGUUACAUGUCCAACGACAGCCUGAACACGAAAGCAGAGGAGCUGGUCUAUGAGACAGUCAUCAAAUGGAUUAAAAAGGAUCCCAGCUGCAGAGUCCAGUUCUUUUUAGAAGCAGAACGCCUACAUCCUACUAGAACUGACAACUUCCUCACCCAAACACGCUCGCGCUGUCUGAUGUGUUGCACGGUGUUUGUCUCUGCAGGUGUCGCUGAGGUGAUCGUGCUGGUGGGUGGGCGGCAGGUCAUCGGUAUGAACCAGCGCUCGCUGACAGCCGUCACUUGCUUCAACCCUCAAAACAACAAGUGGUACCCCCUGGCCAGCCUGCCUUUCUACAACCGCGAGUUCUUCUCCGUCAUAUCAGCGGGGGAUAAUAUCUACCUGUCAGGAGGCAUUGAGUCUGGAGUCACGCUGGCAGACGUGUGGUGCUACAUGUCUCUGCUGGAUAAUUGGAAUCUGGUGUCUCGGAUGACAGUCCCGCGGUGCCGGCACAACAGCGUGGUGUACGACGGCAAGCUUUACACCAUCGGAGGACUCGGAGUGGCCGGGAACCUGGAUAAUGUGGAAAGGUACGACACCAUCACUAACCAGUGGGAGAUGGUGGCUCCUUUGCCCAAACCCGUCCAUUCUGCGGCAGCGACUGUCUGUGGGGGGAAGAUCUAUGUGUUUGGAGGGGUGAACGAGGCCGGCCGCUCUGCUGGAGUACUUCAGUCAUAUGUGCCUCAAACCAACGCCUGGAGCUUUAUUGAAUCGCCCAUGAUCGAUAACAAGUACGCCCCCGCUGUGACUCUGAAUGGAUAUAUCUUCAUCCUGGGAGGAGCGUAUGCCAGAGCCACCACUAUCUACGACCCCGAGAAGGGAAACAUCAAAGCAGGACCCAACAUGAACCACUCCAGACAGUUCUGCAGUGCGGUGGUCCUGGAUGGGAAGAUCUAUGUGACCGGCGGCAUCGUGAGCAGCGAGGGUCCGGCGCUGGGAACCAUGGAGGCCUUUGACUCCUGUGCAAACGUGUGGACGCUGCAGCAGAGCAUGCCCUGCCCGCUCUUCAGACACGGCUGCGUGGUUAUUAAGAAGUACAUUCAGAGCGGCUGAUGCUGACACAGAUGAACACAACUCCACCGUCUCUUGCACACCGGACACCCACUUUCACAACACGGCCAGGAUUAGCAGUGCUGAUACCGAAGCCUCGCUCACUUUCUGACACCCACUCAGAAUGUAAAAGCUAAUCUUUUCUGCCGGGCACAAACAGGCCUUCGUGUAAUAUAGCGCACCUGACAGAGCUGUCGUUGAUGUGUGUCGUGGCUCUAGCCUUAAUGCUCUGUGGCCAUUUGGAUUGGACUUUUUUUACAUAAUUCCUUUUUAUCUUCAUUUACAGCGUUCACUAGGUUUUUGCACUGCCACCGUUUUAAUGUUUGCAUAACUUUCAUUCCUCUUUCUUUGAGCAAAACUGUAAAAUGACACUGUCUGGUUUCAGUAAAUCCAUGUGAUGGUUCACUCAGUCGUAUCACUAUUUCAUCAUCUCCGUUCGGAAGCACUUUUUAAUAACGUAGGGGAGACAAAGUUGUUGAACAAGCACUAAAACCUCAUGUGACCUCUUUGAAAAGUUACGCCCUCCUUAGUUACUGUUGCUCACUCAGACAAGCAUGUCCCUGUGCAAUUGUUAGUAAAAUGAGCUCAGGAAGUGGUGAAAUGGAUUGGAUGUUAUUCAUACGUGGGCUGGAAUGAAGCGUGACAUUGCAGAGGAUCUUUUAUCUGCCGUUUUGGAUCCGAAACUGAUAAAUUACGCAGUAACGUGAUUAAAAACGGCAGAGACUGUGAACAGAGGCUGCCAAAUGCUUCUCGCAGUCACUGAAAAAAGAAAAGCAAUCCCAGCUGAUCACAUUAGUGAAAGUGAACAGAACUAGUUACUACCGCAGAUACUAUAUGAACUGGAUCAAUAUGCACAUAAAAUGGCAUGAACUGCAAAAAAUGUUCUUAAGAUGUAUUUUGCCUUGUUUUCCAGUACA